AUACCAACAAAAUUAAAAAACAAAACAAAAAAUAAUUAAAAGAUAAUCGAGCACACUAAUACACAUAAACUAUCUAUAGAUCAAAACUUAAUUAAGAUAAAAAUCAGUAGUUGGGUUAGCUGAGCACAAACAACAGAUUUGAUGUUCCACUGCAAUUGUUUGCUAGCAAAUAAUAAAAGUACAUAGUUAAAUCAGCACUAAAAUUUAGCUACUAAUUAACUAGAAGCAAGUUCUAGGCGGUAGUUUAUGUAAAUAACGAGCACCUAAGAGGCAUAGCAAAUAGAAAAAAGUGACUACGUUUAAUUGCGCUAAAAUGUGAGUUUCAUAAGCAGUCAGCAAAUAAAAACAACAAUUAUGUCAUUAAAAUACAAAUAUAAAAUUUUGCGAAUUAUCGCAAAGUGAAAACAUAAAAUGGAAAUAAAUGCUAAACAAGACAAACAGUUGAACCGUCGACAAAUCUUCAUGGAAAUUAUAAAUUAAGGCACACAAAGUAUUACAGUAAUUCUGUGUGCUUAAAACGUUCGUUUCCAUUGGUCGAGCUAUAACCGUUAACUACAAAUAAACCAUUAUUAUCGAGCAAAUACACUUCGAAACAAAAGCUUGCUCUCGGCUGAAAUGCCAACAGAAAGCGAGGCGUCCAAAUGGAUUUUCGUAACGGUGAGAACAACAACAAAAGAACUAGCAAUCAGCAAAAACAUCGAACGCGGUUAAAGUGGCUGACGCUAAAUAAGUCAUAAAAGAAUUUCAAAUUCAUAAGGCAACCAUUAAGAGGACUCUUCGCCGAGUAGCAGACCGGCAAUGUAAACUGUUUAAUAAAGUGGAAAAUUUAUGAAGUGAGCAUAACGGUGGUUAUUAGUGAAGCCGUUAAUUGCAAGUAGCUAAGUAUAAAACAAUACCACCAAUAACAACAACAAUACAGUAGCCAAAGAACAUCUUCCGUUAGUAGAGAGGCAGAAGUGCAGCCAACGUCUAUGGAAAUCCCAUUGCAAAGACUUAGACCAACAUUGCAACAACAACGACAAAAACAACCACAACCAUACCGACUGCUGCUGAGGCAGUUAAAAUACACCAGCAAGCGACAGCAAUACAAAAAAUCACAACAACAACAAAAGCAAAAACUCCAACUAGAACAACAACGACAGUCUCAGCCACAGCCACAGCCAGAAGUAGAACCACAGCAGCCAACGAGCGCGAACUCACGCUGUAGCUGUAGUAGUUAUAAUGACGAAAUUAGUUAUAUGCCUUCUAUUUUUCGGACUAUUCGCCAUCCAAACGGUCGGCCACAUGAACAGUGACCCUGCGCCAGGUCGCUCGCCCGGACCACCUGCCGCCAAACGAAAUCUCGCCGCCACAGCUGCGCUGCCACCCGUUGUGCACAACGCGAGCGCGACAAAUGAUGCCGCCACCAACACAGUGACGGCACCCGCCCCCGCGUCCGCCACUCCUGCCGCAACAGCGACAAAAACCGUUGGCCGCAAUGCUCCAAACAACCAGGCGGGCAACGGGCAUUACGGCGCGCACUCGGUCGACCGCAAUUACGGCAAUAAUGGUAACAAUAACAAAGAUGGGAGCGCAGUUAAGCGGAGCAACAGCAAUAACGGCAAUACAAACACCAACACAAACAAUAACAACAACAACAACGAACAACAAUUAGUUUCCCGUGACACAGAGUUAACCAACACCGACGAGAUUAACAUCAAUUUGAGCAAAUUACCCUCGAGCAGUGAUGGCAUUGCGCCGGCGGUGGCGGCGGCGUCGGCAUCGGCAUCGGUGACGGUGUCCGAUUCCGCUUUAGGCCGCACCGACGAGCACUACACAUAUGAUAAUUUGGCGCAUAUGGCGUCGGCGCGUGUGCCAAAUAGCGGUGAGCUUUCGCGGCGUACUACCACAGGUGCCGCGGCCGCCGCCGAAGCGCUAAUUGCGCAGCAGACAAAAGCGAACACCAUCAGCAAUACGAGAAGCUGUCAUGAUGGCUUUAGUGACUUUCUCAACGAUGUGGUCGACGUGGAGGAGGAGGAGCAGUCGGAGACGAAUGGCGAGGAUGCUUUCGAUGAACGUGCACGAGUCGGCGGCCACAUGGGACAUCAUUUGUUUAUCGAUUUGCGGCUGGAACAUCAUGUCUUCGAAACGUCAGCGGUUGGCAUCAAUUGCGGUUUGAUGUAUCAAGUGCGUCUGCUGACAUACGCCAAGCCAUCAACGCCCAAGGCAGCCAGCCGUGCCACCAGAGCCGAUGCCGCACAAACGCAGCCAUUAGGCGGCUCCGCCUUUGUAGAAGCCACCACCGCGGAGAAUACGAGUACAAAAGCGAAAGUGAAUAGCCAGGAAGACAUGAGGGACGGCAGCAAUACGGCUAAUGCUGGCAAUGACAAUGACAGCGGCCCUGACGGUGGUGAUGGCAGCGGCAGCGGCAGUGGCAACGAGCUGCAUUACACGGGGGAAUUUUUCGUAGAAACACUUUCGACAUUAAGCGGUCGCGAACGUGGCAGUUUUGUUGAUCACCAUUCAGCAGCGGCGAGCAACAAGUUGCCAAUUUCAUGGUUCAGUUCACUUCAGCGCAACGGAGCCAACCAUAACGGCGAUGAUGCUGACGCUGGCGAUGAUGACAGUCGGGAUUUCGAGGCGGAAAAAAAUGAUUUCGACUCGGCUACAUCGGCAUCGGAUGAGGAGAAUUUCGCUUUCGGUCAUAAUUACGAUGCCAUUGGCAGUGGCCAUGGCCAUUUCCAGCAGCAGCAGCAACAACAACAGCAACAGAUGUUCGCCACCAAGUGGUUGCAACAAAGUUGGGAUAAGGCAACUAAUCGACGGUCACAGAAUAACAGCAGUCGGAACGCUAGAAAAAUGUGCCCGGAAAAUAAAUGGCAUGGUAGCGCGAAAAGUCAACAACAACAACAACAACAACAACAACAGCGUGGACAGCGUGACUCCAGCAGCACAGGUAGCAAUGAGUAUCAAGCACAUGGCGUACCCGGUGCGGGGAGUGGGAGCGGUGCGAAUGUGAGGGAUGAGCACAACGCAAACGGAAACGAAGUGCACACAGAGUCUUUGGGCUUCUGGAUGUUAAAUGAGCUAUGCGAACAGGAUGAUACCAUCGAAUUCAGAGUGUUUUUUCGUGCGACUUUUGAGAGUGACAGUGCUGGGGACGCAAGAAGUCGCAACAGCAACAAUAACAGCAACAUGAACAAUGCCAAUGGCAGUGGUUACAGUAGUAACGGCAGCAACAACAAUAAUAACAAUGGAAACAACAUUAAAGUCGACGCACAACAUGUGGUGUUCAAAAAAACUUUUAAAUUUCAACUACGCAAAGACUGCCAAUUGCUGUUGCGUGAAGUCACGAGAGGAAACUUGGACUACACAGCACUUCCAUUGUACAGCAUCGAUUGUACCGUACAUUUCCCUCCGUAUCGACUCUUUGAGACUGAACACAACCAGAACAACCCAACUGGGUCUGCGAGUGCCGCAAAUGGCGACAUCCCACCGGCCGGUAUACUCGUCGAGCUCCAACGACUGAAUGUGCCCUGCAACAGUGGCGGCUACAUACGCUUCAAUGAGCGGACGCGUUUGUGUGGCAAGCUGGAGGAGCUCAACGCCGCCGAUCGCAGCUAUCACUUCGAUGUGCGUAGCCACACCACAGUACACUUCCAUAAAAGUCCAAUGUUCAGCCUCAGCUACAAACUCGUCGACUACUGCUAUAAUAUAACGACAAGCAAUCAAACGGGUGAGUAUUACAUACGACCGAGUAUGCGUGAUGCGGUCGAGUGUUACUUUCGUAUACAUCUGCCGUAUGGCAAUCGCAUAAGUCUGACACUCGUGACGAACAACGAUAGCGCGAUACUACAGCCGAACGACGGCAUACAAUUGAAUGCUGCUGGCGAACAGGACAUGUUCAAUAUCUACACCACCGAGGGUAUACAAAUCGACACUCAGCGCAUAAAUUUGACACUACUGAGUAGCGGUAGCGGGAGUAGUAAAAAAAGUGGCGCUGCAACGUCGACGGUCUUUAGACGCGCCGAACCCAAAGCGGCGGCACGAACGCAAGCACAAGAGCAAAGCUCGUACACGCUACGUGCAUAUAAUGCAACACGUGAGCAUGUCAACAAGCGUUCCACUAGUUCAUUGGAUGGCUUCCUCAGAAUUAUGGAGAGCAAAAUCAAAGAGUUCAGCUUCGCUGCGAGCGGCAAGUCGCUGCAAGGAGCCAGUGACCUCUCUAACUGUGAUGGCGUUAUCGUUAAAAUAUUCGAAAGCGAUUCCGCACGUUGGUCUUACUGCAUAAACGAUACGAAUCGUAUGCAAGCCUUUCUUCUAACCUCAACUGGCAAUACACUCAACAUACAUCUCUUCAAGGCGACGCGUAUGAACUACAAGAACAACAAUAUGUUUAUGUCUGACACGAUGUCGGGUAUCGGUCAAAAUGCGCCCAUUACCUCACUGCCCACAGUUUAUCUGUCAUAUGCGGCGCAACCCAUUGCGGAGCUCGUUUCUAGCUGUGACUUCGGUUGGGUUGCCAUUCAACAGUUUUGCAUAAAUGCCAUUGAAAUGGCCAUGUCGUGGCCAGAUGCGGAGGAGCAUUGCGUAAACUUGGGCGGUCACUUGGCUUCCAUCCGUAAUGAGCAACAACAACAAGUCAUACAUGAAAUCCUUUUUCGUAGCCCCGGCUAUGAUGAUCAGAACGCCUAUUGGGUCGGCGGCUCGGAUAGCAGCUAUGAGGGAGACUUUCGCUGGAGCGACGGACUGCUAUUCCAGUACACAAACUGGUUUCCAGGAUGGACGGAACACAGUCAUUACAAUAAGCAGCCCAACGAUGAUGGUCUCAGCAGUCAAGAUUGCAUAGAGUUACGUCGUUUUUUUCGUACACCACCGGGUAUACAAGCCAAUCGAAGUCCAUUGACGGGCACUUUUAUGUGGAAUGAUCGUGAUUGCAGUGCAAAGAAUUUUCUCAUCUGUGAGCGGCCGAUGAGCGAUGAUUCCUUGAGACGAAGUUGGAUAAAUGACUGCAAUAAGACGGUCUCAUUGACCAAGGAACAUCCGCGCGCCUCCAUUUGGAGUCCGUCGUUUCCGCGACAAUAUCCCGACAAUGCGAAUUGUUUUAUAACAAUAACGGCACCAACGGGCUAUCGUGUUGUCAUCGAAUUCGAAGAGCUGGUGAUCGAGAACGAAGCGGGUUGUACCUAUGACUAUUUGGAAAUUACCGAACCAACGCACUACGAUAAUUUCAAAACUACAAAAUCUUCCAAAAACAAAAACAUGCUAAAUAUAAAUAAUAGUAGUAAAAGUAAUAUAAAUAUAAAUAAAACAUUUCGAAAGCGAAGUUCUUAUGAGAAACCUAGCCUUAGUUCAUCGUAUACUAUGCCUAUGUCUACAUCUACAUCUACAUAUACAUCUAGUAAUUCUAAUGCGAACGCUUAUUCUAAUACUUAUACAAAUUAUGCUAGUACGAAUGCUGUAAAUAAUAUAAAUACGAAUGUAAAUCCGAAUGCGAAUGCGAAUUUCAACACAAACACCAACAACAAUAACAACAACAAUUACUUGUAUUCGAAUAGUUAUAACAACUACAAUCUCGCGCAAACGAAUUAUCAAAAACUGCUGCACAUCUUCUCGAGUCUCUACCGACCGCACACGAAUUACCUAAUACAGACACCCGACUAUCCACAUGGCAAUCCCAACUAUCCAACGAAUCAUCACAAUCGUUUGCGUUCGGAUGCAAAUGCGGAAACGAACGCUUUGCCGAAGCGCCUGUGCGGCGAUUGGAGUUCCAAACUGAAGCUGCUGCGUCACGUCUCCACCGGCUCCUAUUUGGGCUUGCAUUUCGUCUCCGACUACUCGCAUCAUUUUGGCGGCUUUAAGGCAAAGACUUAUAUGGAGAAUAGAAGUUAUACGUUCCGUGCUGCCUCCGAGUGCGCCAACGAACGUCUGAAAUACUACAAUGGUUCCUGUUAUCUCUUCAUUUCCUAUCCCGAAGUGGACUGGUGGACGGCGCAGCAAGUGUGUCGUGGCAUGGGCGCACAACUGUCGUCGGUCUCGUCUUCGGAUGAGCACAGAUUUAUUACAUCAAACAUACGAAACCAAAUAGACUAUUCGCCGCAGCUGAUUUAUUGGCUGGGUGCCGAGCUGGAGAAAAGCGGUCAAUUCGAGUGGACCGAUGACACCAGAAUGAGUUUUCAGGGCUGGUUACCAGGUCAGGGUCAAUUCGAAGAACUGCCUACAGACGCCAUCUGUUUGGGUCUGCAAUGGAAGAUGUCGCCAACGCCAAUGCUGCCAUCGGGUCUUUAUUGGCAAUCACAAAAAUGCAGCAAAGUCGGCGGCUAUGUGUGUAAAAAACCGAAGGAUUCAUUUGGCACAUUUUCCGCCAACAAUUUAACUAUAACCGGUGCUGAAGGCAGACUUGUGUCACCAGCCUACCCCAGCACCUAUCCAACAAAUCUGGAUUAUUGGGUGCACAUCAAAACACCGGAACGCACCCGCAUAAUACUACAGUUCCAGAAAAUUGAUCUCGAGCCACAGGAUGAGUGUCUCUACGAUUACGUUAGCAUACAAGACUACGAAUUAGUCUCGCACAUAACAUUGGAGCCCGGCAGCAAUCCACUACCAAUGGCCAUGCUAACGUCGGACGAAGAACUGACAUCCACGGACAAUGAAGUGAGCAUAGGCGACUUCGACACAAAGUAUAGUCAAAGACCUAAACGUAGUAUAAGAAGAAAAAAGCGUUGGAGCUACCAAACUACUACCAACACUGCCAGCAAUGAAUAUACAAAACGAGCACAUACGAAGAAAUAUGAGAGUGGCAAAAGAACGCACAAGGGUAGUCCGCAUUUUAGUAGUGAAUUGCUGACGCGAGCAAUACAAACCAGCAAUAGUUGGUUGAACACGGCGAGUGGCAGCGUAACAAAAUAUCAAAAUCCCAAACAUCGUCGGCGAAAAGCGAAAAUGGCGCGACGCAAACGUAACAGUAUUUUAGAGGAUAGUGAACCAUUAAUGAUACCACUACCUGUAGAUAAUGCACAAUCAUUCCUGCCAUAUGUACGCUGGUGCGGCACACACACCUCCAACAUGUCGAAAUUCGACUUUGUCUCCAGCUCCAAUGAGGCCAUGCUGAAUUUCCAUAGCGAUUAUUCGGUCAAUGGCAUCGGUUUUGCGGCCACCUGGAAAGCAAUCGAUGUUUCCGGCUGUCCGCUGCAGACGCUCACGUCGCGCGAGGGCACUGUCUUCAGUCCCAAUUAUCCACAUUUUUUACUCAACAACUUGAAUUGUGCUUAUGUGAUACAAGCGCCGGCGGGCAGACGGGUCUGGCUGGAAUUUAAUGAGUUCGAUUUGAAAGUGGAUGCAAUAUUGGAGGUGGAUAUUGGUAGUGGCCUGCUACGGCCGUUUCAUACCAGAGAACUGCUGAGCGAGGGCAUAUUCGUGAGCGAACGUGAACAGUUACGUAUACAGUUUCGCACGGGACAACAUCCGCGCGGCAAAGGCUUCCAAGCUGUCUAUCGCACAGUGGCACCGCUGGAACGUCGUGAGCGCAUCAUCAGCUUGCAACUCAAUUCAAGCGGUUACCUUUAUCAACUGAAUUAUCCACAUCCGAUGCCGGAAAAUGUGGACUUCACUCAUCAUUUGGUUGCACCUUUCGGUCAGAAUAUCAUGUUGGAAUUGCACGGCGUUGAGUUCAGCGAUAAUGGCGGUUGUCCAGAUGGCAGUCUUCUGGAGGUCUUUGACAACUACGCCGAUAAUAAUGGCACAAACUGGCAGCUGUGCAAAUACCUACCACCUACAACGCUUCCACACACUGGUCCACCGAAGCAUCCAGCAGAGCGACCGAAUGCAGCCUACGAUUAUUUGCCACCGCAGGAUAUCUUUUACAGUCGCAGCCAUUCGAUGUUACCACCAACUAAAACGAGCAGCAGACUACAGUUCAGGACAGUUGCGACCGCAGCGCCACCAGUGUACAUAACCUCAUAUCUGAAUACGCUGCACAUACGUCAACGCACAGGCCAGCACUCCAAUGCGCUGCUGAAUGGCACCGUCAGCAUACAGUGGGAUAAUACCUACAAAAUGAAAUUGACUGCCGGCGAGAAAACCGUCGAGUCAUGCCAACCGAAUCCCUGUCAGUUCAAUGGCAAAUGUGUAAACAAUAACGGUUCGAACUAUUGUCAAUGUCAGGGCCACUAUACCGGCAGAUUUUGCGGCUUAAAUAUUUGUGAGUUGGAGCCAUGCGUCUUUGGCAAAUGCGAACUGACUACUAAUAGCUUUAAGUGUCAAUGCCAGCCGGGUUAUAUGGGCCACACAUGCGAGCUAAAGCAACGACCUUGCGCUGAGAAUCCUUGUGAAGGUCGUGGCGCUUGCUUUGAACGAAAUGGCGGCUACUUUUGUCGCUGUCAUGCCUGGUGGGAAGGCGCGCGUUGUGAGCGUCGAAUGCUGCACAUACCUUAUAAACCGUUAUCGGAACGCAUGCUACAAGAACCAUUUUGGUUAGGUUUAAUAACAGUGUUUGUUGUACUGGCUGUCAUCGGUUUGGUUUGGUGUGCCAAACGGCAUUUUCCAGAGAAAAUCGAAAAGCUACUCGCUGAAGAAGCGGAUCGAAAUCGACCACCUGGUUCCAUACAUGGACAUCAUCAUCACACAUCAUUACGCGAGCAAUUGCAAUUUACAACUGCCAUACCACAGUCAACCGGCAAUAUAGCACCGGGCACACAGCGUUCCAUAUUCAACAGAUUGGGUAUCAGAAAACCGUCACUUUUGAGCCUCAGCAGCCCCAAUCCAAUACCCGGAGGGGGAGGGGCAGCAGCGCGUACAUUUUCACUUGACGAUCUAUUACGACCGCCUCCCCGACGUUCGCCGUCACCACGCAAGAAGCGCAACAACUCAACGCCGGUGAAGAAAAAUGCUGCUGAAAAGAAACAAAUUUUACAACAACUAGUCUCGCCGGCAACGAAUGUGGACAAGCCGAAAGUAAGUCUCGGCGAGCUCAUCAACAUGACGGAGAAUCGUCUGCGCGCUUCGGCCAGUAAUGUUGACUCCGAGAGCGAUGUUAAAGAGACCACAUUCUCCGAGAAUUCUGGCUCACUGACCUCGACCAAUGUAGCAAAUGUUGCACGCACAAUCGCCGAUCCGAAACUCGAGAAGAAGGUGACAUUCGCGCGACUGCUAAAUAAAGUGUCCGCCGAAAUGAGCUCUGGUUCGGAUAUGGAUAUUGGACACAUGACGAACACACGGAACUCGAGUGCCCUCAGCCUGCCAACUGAUUUACAGUUUCGCGCCAGCUCAGUGCCUCCGUCACCGUGCACAAACGAUAUACGUUCACCGCACAGCACCUCAUCGAAUCAGGGUAGCGACUCACUAUCCAGUUCCGACUUAGCACUUACCGAUUUCGGUUUGCGUUCGAUGCAGACCAGCGGCAGUGAGAUCGGUGGCACAAAUCACAAUACCCAUUUGCCGCUCGGUAUUGCCGCGGGCUUAGGCGGACCAACACGUAGUCGUAUCGGCACAAUUGCACGCCCGAAAGUCUCCAGUGCCGACUCCAUUUUAGCUAUGUUCCGUAAUCUUGCUUCCUCCUCAUCAAAUGCCAAUGCCAAUGCAAUAACAACUGCCUCAAAUACCACCACAAACACAGCUAACAUAACGCAUAGCGCAUCUGUAUAUGUAUCACCAUCAACAACCCCAACCGCUUCUAGUCCACAAGAUGAUGCACCCGGUGAUGACGAGUCAUCCACCUCGUCUAUGCAUACGCCGGUUAGUUUUUCGAGUGGUCCACCCGAUUCGCCCGUAUUCUAUCGUCAAACUACGAUUGAGGUGCCCGUCCUCGAUGUUCUUAAUGCGCACAAAUCUUCGUCGACACCAUCGUCAUCGAACUCGUCAUCGUCUACGAACUUAUUGCACCCACCGACCAUACUGCUCGAGAUACCAAGCAAUGGUAUUAAUAAUAAGUGUCUGUCGCCAAUACGUGAGAUGCCUACACCAAUGCCGUCGCCCGCGCUCACGCCGAUUAUGCCACGGCCGCAACGUUCAAACAGCCCGAUUUUCCAGGAAGAUCCACUGUCGACCUGCGAUUACAGCGAUGAUGAGCAGAAGAGCAUACGCAGUGAUUGCAGCGAUGAGCAAAUGUCGGAGAAGAUUGUACUGGAUCUGCAUACGGGUAAAACGCAUGUCAUUAUUGAUAGUGAUGUGGAGACGACACCCACUGACACCGCAACCACCUCCAUGGCAGGUCAGAAUCGUGGAGCGGAUUUACUUAAUAAACUACCGCUCUUGAGAUUCUCACCACCCACGCCGACAGCAAGCGGUCUCCAGGCAACUAACCCCGUUCCGAAGGCUGGGGUAGUGGCAUUGAAGCCACCAGCGAUUGUCAUCGAUGUGGAACCACCAACACCGGAGGAGAAAACACCGCGACCACGUGAUCUCAUCAUACCAACAUUGACCGUGGAGCAUCCGAGUCCAACGAGAAAUCGUCACCCGAUGAUCAUAUUCCCGGGAUCACCGCCACCGCAACGAGCCAGCAUAGGUGAAACCAGUUUUAUGUUUCCAAAUAAGCAACAACAAAAAAGGCUCUUAAAACAAUUUGAAAAACCGAACUCGCUAGAAUUUCCCUUUGUGCCGCCAAUGAUUACCGUCACUUCCAAUAUGAGUGAACUGGAAUCGGAUGCCGAGCCAAUGUCACCAGCCACGAAAACCGGCAAUCCAGGCGGGUUGAUGCCACCAAACCCCGUUGGUAUGUGCUACCUGAGUCCAUUUACGAUGUGCAGCCGUGCCGAUCGCACCAUCUCUGAAAGCAAUCUCAGCUCUUCCGGCUAUUCGAGCAUGGCGAGCCCCGGUCCGAGUCGCUGCGGCUCCAGUAAUCCAUUAUGUCCUGGCGAAAUGGAUGAACCAGGCAGCGGACAUUCCGGUGGUGGUCUUUCGCUGCAUGUAAACCUUUUGAAUAGGCGAAAAAACUCCGCUUUAGCCAGCUGUAAAGAGAAUAUAACGAAUGGUAAAGGUGCAGGCGCUGAAAGUGGCGCGACAGGCAGCAGUACUGAUCAUUUGCAUAGACCACGGUCCGAUUCGGAGACGUUCUCGGAUGAAAUCAUAUUGGAGUCGAAUGACGAAGGUAUUGGCACCGAUCACGUUGACGAGAAAAUGGAUGAUUGCCGCUUGAGCAGCAAUCGCUUCAAAACUCUCGGUGCCUACAUGGCCGAGCACGUGCUAAUCGAGGUAGACGAACCGCAACAAGCGGCAAAUACCAGCACCAUCAGCAGCACGAGUGCCAGCAAUCAAAUGGCACAACUACAACUGCCUUCUAUUGUGAUACAAAUUGAUGGUAACGAAAAGGGUCUGUCACCGGUGUCGUCGCGUUCGGAAAGUCCGCUGAGUGAACGCGCCAGUAUGGGACGCUUUUCGCCACAUUUUUAUGGACGUAAAGAUCAAUUACCCUUCACCGAUUCAGAUGGCCUCUAUGACUUCCCAUCGUCGGAUGGUAAAGGUGGCUCAUUCACACAUCAGCGCCGCAGCAGCAGUAAAAAACGCGAACGCAAAUCAUCGAAAUGUUCAGCCACACAAUCGCCGACAAAGCAACAACUUGAUAUACCGAGCAAGGAGUCGUUGACUGCGACCACCACGCCGAGCAGUAGUACGCAUACAUGUAGUAAGCAUUGUCUUUCGCAUCAUCACCCCUGUCCAGCUUCGGCAGUUACUACACGUAAGAGUCCAAAGAGACGACUCAAUAGCAGACCACCAGUGGCGAGCAGCUCCUCCUCAUCAGAGAGUCUAGUUUCACCCAAAGAGUUGGCUCUGUCACGACCUCUGCCGCGACGUCUCAAUUCUCCGAAUCGUGAGAAGCGUCCACGAAAACAGGAGAGCCUCAGCGAAGAAGAGGUGGCCGAUGCUUUAUUGCGCCGUAUAUCACCCAGCAUUGUAAAGGAAGAUACCGAAACUGUUAAGCCGAAAUGUAAAAUAAAUCGUUUGCGUGCGAUCGGAAAUCAAAUAAGAUUUCUGCGUCGCUUGAAAAAGUCUAUAAAAACACGUGAGCGUCUAGCCUCACCAUCGGAUAGUUGUCCCGAAGAGAAUACCGACGAUAUGGACUCGCCACAGGCCACAUCGCCGCUGCUACAACCGGCAUCGCCCAGCAAAACGCGCAUAGCGUUGUGUCGGCAAAAGCGCUUGCCUAGCGGUACUUAUGGCAUCACAGCGGCUGCACUCAACUCCAGCAACUGGAAGGGCAUGGAUCGCAGUCUCAUCGGCGAUGAUCUAAAUAGUGAUUAGAGCCAAGCCGCCGUAAUGAAGGCGGGCACGAGUUGGUUGUGUUUGUCUCGCACACCUCUAAGGGGCGAAGCGUAAGGCUGAAAUUUACGAAUAUUACGUAAUAUUUAAAUGUGUAUACACAGUGUUUACAACCAAUAUGCAUUAAUAGCGUCAAGUGUAGUUGUAUAGGUUGUAGCUUAUAAAGAAUUUAGUAAUACGGAAUAUAAUAGUGCUUAGUUAAGUAAGUGUAGGUGUUUAAGUUAGUUAAAUAUGGAAUUGAUUUUUUGUGAAUGUAAAGCAGUGGUAAGCACACAGUUAGAUAUAUGUAUAUGUAGUAUAUAUACAUAUAGGAUAUCUACACAUGCAUACAUGUUUAAGUAGCAAAUAUGCAUAAGUAAUUGUGCCCCGUACUCAGCGCCACACACACAUACACAUGCGUACAGCUGCAGCUGUGAAUUUGAGUAUAUGAAGUAUAUAUUUGCUAUACUCGUACUCAAAUGCUGUAUAGUGCGCCCUUACCGAUAAUAGUCACGCCUAAAUCCACUUGUAUGUAUGUACAGUUGUAUCCGAAGCAAUAGCAUUGCAAAAGCAUUCUAAAUUCCACUUGCGCCACACGAAGUUCUUCAAAGCAAAAAUUAAAGUGGAUAUUGCAUUGUAUCGAGCACACGAUGCAUACAUAUGUACAUUUAGUAUUUAUAUAUAUAUAUAGUUAGUAUACUCGAGUAUAAGUAUAUAAUGUAGAAUAAUUACUUAACUUAAACAUUAAAUUAGAUAUAAUAGGUGAAAUGUGCUCAACAAUUUGCGCUGUGUUAAUUUUGUUUGAUGAUAAACUAACACAAAAACAACAAAUUAGAUAAAAAAAAAACAAAACAACACAAAACUGUUAUGCCUUGUAUGGGCAUAGAAAAAAUUAGUCAAAUAAAUGGAUUCGUUAAUUAUUGAACGAA